AUGAAAUUCAUCCAACAAACAGAGGCUGCCGUGAAGAAGCGGCACACGUUACAUGAAGGGUUAAACACUUCACAGCUGGAGCCUCAGCAUCACUCCACCCUCUCCGCAUCACUCCAACCUCUCCGCAUCACUCCACCCUCUCCGCAUCACUCCACCCUCUCCGCAUCACUCCACCCUCUCCGCAUCACUCCACCCUCUCCGCAUCACUCCACCCUCUCCGCAUCACUCCACCCUCUCCGCAUCACUCCACCCUCUCCGCAUCACUCCACCCUCUCCGCAUCACUCCACCCUCUCCGCAUCACUCCACCCCCUCCGCAUCACUCCACCCCCUCCGCAUCACUCCACCCCCUCCGCAUCACUCCACCCUAUGCAUCACUCCACCCUCCGCAUCACUCCACCCCCUCCGCAUCACUCCACCCUCCGCAUCACUCCACCCUCUCCGCAUCACUCCACCCUCUCCGCAUCACUCCACCCUCCGCACCACUCCACCCUCCACAUCACCGCAUAACUCCAGCCUCAGCAUCACUCCACCCUCUCCGCAUCACUCCACCCUCCGGAUCACUCCACCCUCCGCAUCACUCCACCCUCCGCACCACUCCACCCUCCGCACCACCGCAUAACUCCAGCCUCAGCAUCACUCCACCCUCCGGACCACUCCAUCCUCCGCAUCACUCCACCCACCGCAUCACUCCACCCUCCGCAUCACUCCACCCUCCGCAUCACUCCACCCUCCGCACCACUCCACCCUCCGCAUCACUCCACCCUCCGCAUCACUCCACCCUCCGCAUCACUCCACCCUCUCCGCAUCACCGCAUAACUCCAGCCUCAGCAUCACUCCACCCUCUCCGCAUCACUCCAACCUCUCCGCAUCACUCCACCCUCUCCGCAUCACUCCACCCUCUCCGCAUCACUCCACCCUCUCCGCAUCACUCCACCCUCUCCGCAUCACUCCACCCUCUCCGCAUCACUCCACCCUCUCCGCAUCACUCCACCCUCUCCGCAUCACUCCACCCUCUCCGCAUCACUCCACCCUCUCCGCAUCACUCCACCCUCUCCGCAUCACUCCACCCCCUCCGCAUCACUCCACCCCCUCCGCAUCACUCCACCCCCUCCGCAUCACUCCACACUAUGCAUCACUCCACCCUCCGCAUCACUCCACCCCCUCCGCAUCACUCCACCCUCCGCAUCACUCCACCCUCUCCGCAUCACUCCACCCUCUCCGCAUCACUCCACCCUCUCCGCAUCACUCCACCCUCCGCAUCACUCCACCCUCCGCAUCACUCCACCCUCUCCGCAUCACUCCACCCUCUCCGCAUCACUCCACCCUCUCCGCAUCACUCCACCCUCUCACUCCACCCUCUCCGCAUCACUCCACCCUCAGCAUCACUCCACCCUCAGCAUCACUCCACCCUCCGCAUCACUCCACCCUCAGCAUCACUCCACCCUCAGCAUCACUCCACCCUCCGCAUCACUCCACCCUCUCCGCAUCACUCCACCCUCUCCGCAUCACUCCACCCUAUGCAUCACUCCACCCUCCGCAUCACUCCACCCUCUCCGCAUCACUCCACCCUCUCCACACUAUGCAUCACUCCACCCUCCGCAUCACUCCAUCACUCCACACUCCGCAUCACUCCAUCAUCACUCCACCCUCCUUCAUCACUCCAUCCUCUGCAUCACUCCACCCUCCGCAUCACUCCAUCAUCACUCCACCCUCCGCAUCACUCCAUCCUCUGCUCUGAGCCAAUAUGA